AUGUCCUCUGACUCGCGUGAAAUCGGAACCCUCAUUGCUGUCAUCCUUAAAGCUCGAAAUCUACCUAACAAGAGACACAUCGGAAAGCAGGAUCCAUACUGCUCUAUCGAACUAAACGGGGAGAAACGUAGGACCAAGGCCAUCAAGCGAGGUGGCCAGCAUCCGGAGUGGGACGAAGAGAUUCGGUUCACGCUCUAUGAAGAUGUUGAGGAUGAACUAGCGCGCACUACCACUGGGGACGGCUCUCCUCCUCCCCCUCCUCCAAAGAAUGGCCGGCCUUCAAAGAGGAUCAAGGGCGCAAAGAAUAUGGCCAUUGCAUGCUUCGCUGAUGAUCCGAGGGAGCCUGAUCUCAUUGGUGAGGCUAUAGUAGAUCUGACAGAGGUUUUGACCAAGGGAGAGACCGAUGAAUGGUUCACUCUCACCAACAAAGACAAGUACUGCGGCGAAGUGUACCUUGAGUUAACAUUUUGGUCUAACGAGCGUCCUCCGGAGAAGAAGGUCACGCCAAAGCCAAGUAAGAUACUCAAACAAUAUGGCGGACCUGGGUCAUUCGCUCCAUCUGGCGAUGCAUCUAGACAAUCUAGGCCGUCGCGCGCAACUUCGUUAUCUGGCAGCUUUGCGUCCGAGGACUCUCAGUGGGAUUCGCUGCCGUCCUCUUUGAGACCAUCCUCAUCCCAUGUACAAGUAGAUCUGUAUGUGCCACCUUAUGAGCACACUGUCAGGGGGCGAUCACCACGCAUAUCUUCAGUCGACCAAAUCACAAGCGAUUUUGGUGAGCUAGGAGUGUCAGAGCCGAGGGGAAGGAGGGAGACCUAUCCUCAGAAUCAAAGUGGUUUUCCUGCAAGGCCUGCUACUUCGGCAGGUUACUCUCUCCCUUCUUCGACAUCUUCCCGUAAUUUCCCAGAGGCAGACAACUCCUGGCCCGACAGAGCUCUGCACUCAUAUGAUCAAUCCAUACCGCCCGGACAGCAAUACAGCGCUGACUCAGUUUCGACAAGUUACACAUAUCGCCCACAGUCAAGUUAUCAAGCACCAUAUGAGCCUGGCCCUCAAAUGUCUACCUUCUCUUAUCCAUCACAACAACAUCGUGGUCCGCGUUAUAGUGUACCUACGGCAUCAUCAGGGUUCAUGCCCGUGCCCUCUACCUCUGAGCCGUUGUCUCUCACGUUGCCGUCACAUAUGUCUGACCCAU